AUGCCUGUUGUGGCUCCGCAGAAGCUGGCAAGCCUACAAAGGCAAGCCGCGAACAUUAGAAAUAUUUGCAUCAUGGCUCACGUCGACCAUGGCAAAACGUCACUCACAGAUACGCUGCUCGCCACAAACGGCAUCAUCUCACCAAAACUUGCUGGAAAGAUACGAUACCUCGACUCUCGACCAGACGAGCAACUCAGAGGCAUCACGAUGGAAUCCUCAGCUAUAUCGCUAUACUUCUCCAUGCUGAGACGAUCCGCCCCGGGAGCGGCAGCCGAGCCGGAAGAGUAUCUCAUCAACCUGAUUGACUCCCCAGGACACAUCGACUUCAGCAGCGAGGUGUCCACGGCGUCGAGGCUCUGCGACGGCGCCGUCGUGCUAGUGGACGCCGUGGAGGGUGUGUGCAGUCAAACUGUGACAGUUUUGCGCCAGUCGUGGACGGAGAAGCUGAAGCCGCUGCUCGUUAUCAACAAGAUGGAUCGGCUCAUCACCGAGCUGAAGAUGACUCCUACAGAAGCUUACGUGCACCUGAGCAAGCUCCUCGAGCAAGUCAACGCCGUCUUGGGCAGCUUUUUCCAGGGCGAACGCAUGGAAGAAGAUCUCAACUGGAGGGAGAAGAUGGAGGAGCGGGUGAAUGCCGCUUCCAAGGCGAGGCAACUUUCACAGGAUGAGGAGAUUUCAGACGCAGGGGAAGUACAGUUCGAGGAGCGGGACGAUGAGGACAUAUACUUUGCACCGGAAAAGAACAACGUGAUAUUCAGCAGCGCCAUUGACGGAUGGGCGUUUACAUGUCGACAGUUUGCCUGCCUGUACGAAAAGAAGCUCGGAUUCAAGCGCGGCGUGAUGGAGAAGGUGCUCUGGGGCAACUAUUAUCUGGAUCCCAAGAGCAAAAAGGUUUUGGGGCCGAAGCACUUGAGGGGGCGGAAUCUGAAACCCAUGUUUGUUCAGCUCGUUUUGGAGCCCGUAUGGACCGUCUACCAGGCUGCUUGCGGUGGUGACGUCGGCAAAGGUGACCCCGUCAUGAUGGAAAAGGUUACCAAGUCGCUGAACCUUGCGAUACCACCGCACAUUGUCCGAGCUCGGGACCCGCGACUGUUGUUGACAACAGUCUUUGCCUCGUGGCUGCCCCUUUCGACGGCUCUCCUGGUAUCCGUAGUGGAAUCUCUUCCAUCGCCAGCAGCAGCCCAGGCUGAACGAAUUCCCGAUCUUAUCGAACAGUCGCCGGGGUCGGAUGCCGUUGACGAGGCUAUCAAGCAGGCUAUGACGUCCUUCAAAUGCGAGAAACCGCAUCCCGUGGUUGCCUACGUCAGCAAAAUGGUGUCAAUACCUGAGAGCGAAUUACCCGAGAACAGGAGGCAGCCUGGUAAGAUGAGCGGCGAAGAGGCUCGAGAACUGGCACGCAAGAAGCGAGCCGAGGCAGCGAAGGCGGCACAGGAAGCCGCCAAUGAGCGUCCCAUCACCGACCUUGCGCAAACCUUGCGCAGCUCUUGCAUCGACGACGCCGGCGCACCGGAGCAGGAGGAGCAAAAGAUUGACCCUGAGCAUCUGAUUGGGUUUGCGAGAAUCUACUCGGGCACGCUUACCGUUGGCGACAGGCUCUACGUCAUCCCGCCAAAGUGGUCACCCGCGGCUCCCGAUGCCGAACCAGAGCCGCAGCAAGUCACGGUCACAGCUCUGUACAUGCUGAUGGGAAGGAAUCUGGAAUCCCUGGACUCGGUCCCUGCCGGUGUGGUUUUCGGCAUUGGCGGUCUGGAAGGGAAGAUCCUCAAGUCUGGCACCCUCUGCAGCCAGCUCGAGGGAGCUGUCAAUCUUGCGGGUGUGAGAAUGGCCGGCAAACCAAUCGUGCGAGUUGCCCUGGAGCCCGUGAACCCCGCGGACCUGGACAAGAUGAUUCGAGGUUUGGGGCUCCUGGUGCAGAGCGACCCGUGUGCAGAGUAUGAGCAGUUUGAAAGCGGAGAGCACGUGCUCCUGACGGCAGGGGAGCUGCACCUAGAAAGAUGCCUGACGGAUCUGAAGGAAAGAUUUGCGCGAUGCGACGUCCAGGCCGGCGCGCCCAUUGUUCCGUACAGGGAGACCAUUGUACGGGCGGACGAGAUGCGUCCGCCCGUGAACAAGGAGCUCGGCAGGGGGGGCGUCAUCGAAUCAACGACCUCGAAACAAGUUACAAUACGCCUACGCGUCAGGCCCCUUCCGUCAGAAGUCACCGAUUUUCUGCUCCGGAAUGCCGAUGCCAUCAAGCGGCUUUGCUCUGAGAGCAAGCCAGCAGAGAGCGGCGAGGAACUAGCGCAAGAGGGUGGCGAUGAGGGUCGUGCUGCCGAUGUCAACGCAGCAGUCAGGACGGCGCCGAGCUCGCUAUCCGUGGAGGAACUGAAAACUCAGCUCCAGAAGCAGCUGGAGAGCGGCAAGGGACGAGAUGUCUGGAAGAACAGGGCGGACCGCAUCGCUGCUUUUGGGCCGAGGCGCACCGGCCCCAACUUAUUAAUCGAUGCGACCAAAUACGGCAUCUUGCGCAAGGUGUUUGGAUCCCACGAGGACAAGGAGGUCGCCCUGCCACGGGCUGGCGAAGCGCUGCAUCCGAGCCAUCUUUCCGACAAAAUCACGCACGCUUUCCAGCUCGCCACGGCACAGGGGCCGCUCUGCAGCGAGCCCUUGCAGGGGGUUGCCGUCUUGGUGGAAGACGUCUCGCUAGAUCUUCCCGAGGACGAGCUCUCCGCGCGAGACAAGCUCAGUCGACUGACGAGCGAAAUCAUCAAGACGCUGCAAGCCUGCGUGCGGUCCGCCUUCCUCGACUGGUCUCCCCGUCUCAUGCUGGCCAUGUACAUGGUGGAAAUCCAAGCAUCCACCGAAGUCCUCGGCCGCGUGUACGACGUUCUCACCCGGCGCCGCGGCCGCGUCAUGGCCGAGACCAUGAAGGAAGGCACUCCGUUCUUCACCAUCCAGGCGGUGCUCCCCGUGGCUGAAAGCUUCGGGUUCGCAGACGAGAUGCGCAAGAGGACCAGUGGCGCCGCGCAACCGCAGCUGGUCUUUGCUGGGUUCGAAAUUCUGGACCAAGAUCCUUUCUGGGUGCCUUUCACAGAGGAUGACUUGGAGGAUCUCGGUGAGCUGGCGGACAGGGAAAACGUCGCCAAAAGGUACAUGGACAGCGUGAGGAGGAAGAAAGGGCUGCUGGUUGAAGGCAGAAACGUGGCUACCGAUGCCGAAAAACAGAGAACGCUCAAGAGAUAG